AUGGUUCAUCAAGAUAUUAUCAAAGGAAUCUGGAAAGGUCUUGUACCUCACCGUGUGGAAAUCUUCGCUUGGCUUUCCAUGCUUGCGAAAAUUAACACAAGAUCGAGGCUGCUGCAGAUUGGUAUUAUCACCCCGGAAAACUCAUUUUGCGUCUUCUGCAAUUCCUCCAUCGAAACUCCAGAUCAUCUUCUUAUCCAUUGCCACCUUCCCUCGAUGAUUUGGACAUGGUGGUUAAAUAUGUGGAAUUUAUCGUGGACCCAACCUGCUUCUUUGAAGGAAGCUUUCCAUCAAUGGCGGCCAGCUAAAGGUGGACCUUUCUUCAAGAAAAUCUGGGCAGCGGCUUUUUUUGUCAUAAUAUGGACCAUAUGGAAAGAAAGGAACGCUAGAAUCUUUUCUAAUAUUUCAUCUUCAUCACGGGAACUGCAGGAUCUGGUUCUACUAAGAUUGUGUUGGUGGCUCAAGGCAUGGGAGGAUGAUUUCCCAUAUUCUGCAGAUGAGGUCAUACGCAACCCAUCAUGCCUCAACUGGGAAAAGAGUGUGGCGCCUCGAAAUUCAUCUCAACAUCUUGUUCCUCACUUAUGGUCCCCUCCACCUAUUGAGACCCUACAGUGGAAUGUGGAUGCCUCAUAUAAAUCUCAUCAUGAUCAUGCUGCGGUAGGAGGAGUUCUUCGCAAUUCCAUGGGAAAUUUUGUAUGUUUAUUCUCAAGCCCCAUUCCUUUGCUUGAGAUUAACUCUGCCGAGGUAUUUGCAAUUUUUAGAGCCAUCAAAAUCUCUAUUAAUUCAGACAGAAUCAACAAUCACAGCCUCAUCAUCAUCUCGGAUUCCUCCAAUGCGGUUCAAUGGUGUAAUCAAGACUCUGGAGGGCCUUGGAAUCUAAGUUUCAUGUUGAAUUUUAUUCGCAAUGCACGAAAACAAUGGCUCUCACUUUCAAUUAUUCAUAAAGUGUGA